AUGUCCUCCCUGGAUGGUCUCUUGCUCUGCAUUGCUGUGCACCUAUUAUAUGGGUUCUAUCUAGAGAGCUUCAACCGUGCAGUGGCCAUUGGUGCCCUGCAGUGGAUCGCGAUGCAAGGGGCUACGCAGGCUAGGGACGAUGAGGCGGCCGCUGAAGAGCGCAGGAGGAUCGAACGCCUCCAACGUCAGCGGAAGGAGCGCCGCGCCCGACGCAUGGCGGAAUGGGUGACUGAGCUCCGCAUUAUGGAGGACGAUGACUUUGUCAACGUCUUCCGCAUCUCGCCUGAACUGCUGGAGUACAUCGCACCUGUCAUGGCCCUCCCCAUGAGCCACUUCGUUGAGAAGCUCGGGAUCCCGCUCGACCUUUGUGUCCUCAUCCCUAUCAAGUACUUUGCCAGCGCCAUGACCUUCAUUGACCUGGGCCUCUACUUCGGUCUGCCCAAGACCAUUGUGCACAGGAUUGUGGAGGCCUUCCUCGUGCACUUCCCCCGGAGGUUCAAGAAGACCUGGGUGCGCUUUCCCACUGCAGAGGAGAUGGCGGAGAUGGCAUCCGACUUCAAGGAAGUACGGCGGGUGCCGAAUGUUGUUGGAGCAAUUGAUGGGACACAUAUCGAGAUAAGGGGGAUGGAGAAUCACAGGCAAGAGUAUUACAACAGGAAGUCCGUCUAUUCCACCCAGUUGCAGGUUACAUGCGACAGCAAGGGAAUUGUCUGGGACUACACCGUUGGGCACCCGGUAUCUAUGCAUGAUCAGGGCAUCUUCCAGCAGUCCGAACUGCACGCCCGCCUAGAGCGUGGUGACCUCGGACCGUACCAGAUCGUCGGUGAUGCUGCCUACCCGCUGCGCAGCUACUGCCUCACUCCUGUGAAUGCAACCCGCAGGCGCCUGAUGAAGAGCUGGGAGCAAACAUAUAACUACAUCCAUUCCGCCACCUGCAUGGUUGUGGAGCGGACCAUUGCCAAGGAACCGUACAAUCAAGCAUCAGUGGCCGGUGUGGAUGGGCACCAGCCCACCGUGGUACCACCGGAGUGGCAUGAGGACCUAUGCAUGGUGUGA